UCAUUCGCGUAAAGGCAUUCGGAUCGUAUAGCCGUCGGUCAAUUAAAAUAAUUUAAAAACGAACCAAGAUAGAUCGCUGUUAAAAAUGUAAAAAUAUAGCAUUCUCUGUGCAGUAUUUCGGUACUUUGUGAAUGUCGGUUUCGUAAUGUUAUCUUACGUUAUCUUUUGUUAAAAUAUCACGAGAAACUGAUUCGCAAAGUAAAAAGCCUUAAAACGUUUCUUAACGAGGAAGCCUGCAAUUUCCUGGUUCACUUUAAACUUUUUUUGAAGCAGAGUUAUUCGUUCACUCGAUUUUGAGGCGCGAGCAGUGCUUUAAAUAAUUCCCGUAUUUCAUAUCGUUAAAUAGUGAAUUGUCGAAAAUGGCGCAUCUAGAAUUCUUUAUAGAUAAAUAUUGGAACAAAUAUCAAGGCUACACUGUUAUAGAUGAGACAGGUAUCCCUGAUAACCACUACAGCAUGGCGUCGAUAAACAGCUGCGGGGAAUUGAAGAGUCCCGGGGACCCAGAGAAAAAGAUCCCGGAUACCGACGCUGAAAAACAACCGCUUUCCGGGAAAAAAGAAGAAAAAUGGUGGACCACAUUGAUGCAGGUAGCUGUACCCUUCUUUAUAGCUGGCUGCGGUACCAUCGGAGCUGGUUUGGUGCUCGGCACAGUUAGGGAUUGGGAUGUUUUUAUAAACAUAUCGGCCAUUUUCGUUCUUGUGCCCUCACUGUCAGGACUAAAGGGUAACCUGGACAUGUGUCUCGCAUCUCGACUGUCAACGCAGGCGAAUUUGGGUAACAUGGACUCCACGAAGGAGGUCAUCUCGAUGGUCGUUGGAAACAUAUCACUGGUGCAGGUUCAAGCUAUAGUGGCUGCGACUGUGGUCUCCAUAUUCGCCAUAGUGGUGAACACGAUCACGGACCGCGCCAUCUUCGGGCCCUACGUCCUCCUGCUGGUCGCGUGCGCCGUCUUCACUGCUACGACCACUUGCUUUGUGUUGGAUUUCGUGAUGGUAAUGGUGAUAUACGCGUCGCACAGGUUCAAGGUGAACCCGGACAACGUAGCGACUCCGCUGGCGGCCUCCAUCGGGGAUAUCGUCAGCAAUACGGUGCUAGCGGUCACCGCCCAGUACAUGUACGAGCAGAUCCAGGUGUCUCUGUGGCAGCCUAUCGCGUUGAUCUGCGUGUACUACAGCCUCCUCCCGCUCUGGGUGUUCAUCGUCUGGAGGAACAAGUACACCAAGACCGUCCUCACCAGCGGCUGGACCCCCGUCAUCUCCGCCCUGUUCAUAAGCGGUAUCGGCGGUAUAGUCCUGGACCAGGCCGUCGAUUACUUCCGAGGGUACGAAGUGUUCCAGCCGAUCGUGAACGGGAUCGGGGGGAACCUGGUGUGCGUACAGUCGUCCCGGCUGGCCACGCACCUCCACCAGACCGCCAUCCCCGGGAUCCUGCCGGAGAACACUAAGAUCAUUGAGUGGCCUUGGAAGACCUUGUUCUUUGGAACGACCGCGGCGAAGGUGGCUCGCAUGCUGCUGAUCCUGGCCGUCUUCGGGCAGAUAAUCUUCAUGGUGGUCGCGGACUUCGUGUACCAGGGGACGGUCACCAUCCAGUUCGCGUUCGGCAUCACGUACCUCACGUGCGCUUUGCUGCAGGUGAUGCUGCUCCUUUACCUGGCCUACAUCGUGAUCCACUUCAUGUGGAAGAGGAAGAAGGACCCCGACAAUGCCGCCAUCCCCUACCUCACGGCGCUCGGAGACCUCCUCGGCUCCGUGUUCCUGGGACUCGCCUUCGUCAUCCUGUCCCUCUUCGGACUGGAAUACGGCAAUAAUGUCCAGUGAAAACCAAUAAAUGAAUACGUAUCUCCUUCUCCGAACUAGGACUCUAGGUCUUAGACGUAAGGCCUGAUCGAGAAUCGGGUCAAGCUAUCUGUAGCCUUGCACGGAACCCUUACCCGAUACUAAAGGACAUCUUCCCACGCGUUUAUCUGUCUAAAUUAUUUUAUUUGUCCCAAUAUAGUAUCAACUGUAUCCAAAAAAACCCUUCCUUAGCUUAAUAAUGACAUAAGUUGUAUUAAUCAUGGUGCCAAUUCUAUUGGAAAACUUCAGUAUUUGAAUUAUUUUUUUAAUGGUUCCUUUCGAAGGAGCGUAAAACGUUGGAUUGUUCUCAAAAAGACACAACAUUGACGAUGUGAGCUGUGAUAUGUACUGGGAAUGUGAUUUGUCGUGUUGGAUGUAUUUGUACUGAGCCUCGCCGCCAGAGGCGCUUCUAAAGAUCGUCAGGUGUUCAUCUAGUUGAUUUAAAAUUAAAAAAUUAAGCUUUAAUUUGACUCCAAGUUCAAGGGACACUUUAGGUCGCGCAACGUACUGAGGAUGGCUGGCGAACGAAGCUUAAUGCAAUUUGGGAACCGAAAUUAGGUUUAAUUAGCUUUACAGCGGAAAGACAACUGACAAAUAGAUUAAUUUUAAAAUCGAUUGAUCAAUUAUGAAAAAUAGUGUAGUUGUAAAUAAAUAAUUUUUAAGUUAUGUCAAUGUUUUAGUUAAUGUUUCCGAUAAUUGUAUACCAACAGACAUUGUAAUGUUUAAGUCUAAUAUUAUUAAAUCAACAGUACUUUUUAUGA